AUGGCAGCGGGACCGUUUGGAACGACCGUGUUUGCGGGCGCAUCGGGAUGGGUGGAUCGGCUCAACAACCGGCGACGUGAUAUGGAGGGCUUGAUGAAUCAGGCGCUUCCUACGGCUGGUGAGUGCCGGGUGGCUGUGCUGCUAUUUGAUCAGGAUCUGAAGGUGGCACACAAGAAGACUGCGACGGAUUCAGGCCCACUGUGGUGGCAGCGCGUCAAUUCGCAGGCCGACCGAGAUGCCCUGUACCUGGUGGCAACACAGCAUCUGCGCGAGUGGGUGUUUUUGGGCCAGACUACUCGGGAGUAUGCUGCACAUCCGUCCACUGGCGAUGUCGUCCAAUACAGCAAUACGCGCAACUUUGCCUUGCAACGAGCGGCCCACGAUGACGUCUGGACCAUCGCGCUUGUCGCACACGCUCGGAGCUGCUUUGAGUAUAUGGACCGACACCGUUUCUGCUCCAAGUGUGGCGUACCGUCCACCGUCAAACAAGGGGGGCAUGAGAUCAAGUGUGGGGCUGAUGAGUGCGGCCUCUCCUGCUUUCCUCGUUCCGACCCCGUGGUCAUCAUGCUGGCCGUUGAUCCCGCAACGGAUCGCGUGCUUCUGGGACGCCAAGCAGCCUGGCCCCCGGGUCUCCACUCGGCCCUGGCUGGGUUUAUGGAGCACGGAGAGGCUGCCGAGGAGGCUGUGGCUCGUGAGCUCUUUGAGGAGAGCGGUGUUCGCGUUGACCUGUGCCGUUACCACUCCUCGCAGCCUUGGCCCUUUCCUUAUAGUCUCAUGCUUGGCUUCAUGGCACGGGCCACCUCCACGGACAUUCUCGUGGAUCAACAUGAGCUCGAGACUGCUGCCUGGUACACCCGCGAUGAGGUUCGCGCAGCAUUGGCUGCUGGUUCACACCCCGGUGCUGAUCCACUGACCGCGGCUGCCCCCGCGGGCGGGAGCGACCCCGCACCGACGCUGCGUUUGCCCCCCAAGGGAACAAUUGCGCACGAGCUCUGCCAGACUUUUGUUGCGGCCGACCCCAUUUGCAAGUUUUAA